AUGGACAAAGGCAAAGGAAAGGAAUUUAUCAUUGAUUUGAACGAUGAAGACUUUGAUUACCAAUAUGAUAGCAUUGUUAAAACUGAGUCUGAUGAAGAGGCCAUUCUAGUUUCGGACAAGAUUUUUAAUGAUUUAACUAUUGAAGAUGUAUGGAAGAUGAAGUUUAGCUCAGUAGAGGAGGCAGAAGAAUUUUAUAAUUUAUUUGCUAAAGUUACCAGAUUCAGUGUUAGAAAGGAUGAUGUGAAACGAGAUAAAAAUCAAAAUAUAGUAUCUCGUAAGUGGGUUUGUUCGAAAGAAGGAUAUCGACAUAGAGUGUGUUUAGAGAAUGAAAAUCGAAAACGAGAACCUAAGGCAGUAACUCGAGUUGGUUGUGAGGCAACAUUUCGGAUUGGGUUUAAUAAACAAAUGAACAAGUGGGUUGUGAAAGAGUUUAUGGCUGAUCAUAAUCAUCCUUUGGUGGAACAAAAAAAUGUCCAAUUCCUUCGAUCCCAUAGGGUCAUUAAAAAUGCAGAUAAAGCUCAAUUGAAUGCAAUGCGAGGUGUUGGCAUGGGAACUAGCCAAAUUAUGGAUUACAUGGUGCAACAAUCAGGUGGAUAUAAAAAUGUUGGCUUCACAAAAAAAGAUCUAUAUAACCAUGUUGAUGCUGAUCGUAGAGUUCAUCUAAGAGAUGGUGAUGCAGAAGGUGCUCUGGCGUAUUUGUGUGGAAAAUCUGAAAUGGAUCCAUCAUUUUAUUACAAGUACAAUGUUGAUGAAGACAACCGUCUAGCAAACCGGUUUUGGGCAGAUUCUACUAGUAAAUUGGAUUACAGUUGUUUUGGAGAUGUGUUAGCAUUUGAUACAACUUAUCGGGCUAAUGCUUAUAAAAAACCGUUGGUCAUACUAGUUGGCAUUAACCAUCACCAUCAAACUAUAGUGUUUGGAUGUGCAUUAUUGGUAGAUGAGAGUGUUAGCACUUAUACUUGGGUCUUGAAGACUUUUUUGGAUGCAAUGAAUAACAAGAAGCCUCUUUAUGUUAUUACUGAUGGGGAUAAAGCAAUGCGUAAAGCCAUCAAGAGGAUAUUUCCAGACUCUUGUCAUCGAUUAUGUGCUUGGCAUAUUCAACGCAAUGCAUUCACUAAUGUCCAUGUCAAAGAUUUUACUAAUCAUUUUUCUAAGUGCAUGUUCAUGGAAGGCACCGUUGAAGAAUUUGAAUGUGCAUGGAAUGACAUGUUGGAAAUGUUUAAUCUUCAUGGACAUAAGUGGGUGACAGAUAUAUAUGUUAAGCGUUCUAGAUGGGCAGAGGCUUAUUUAAGGGGGCAUUUCUUUGCUGGUAUGAAAAGCACACAAAGGUGUGAGAGCAUGAAUGCAUACUUGAAUCGUUUCCUUAAAACUCGUUUGAAGCUGUUUGAGUUUGUCAAGCAUUUUGAUAGAGCACUCUCACGUAUUCGUCAUAAUGAGGCAAAGGCAGAGUUUGAGACACACCAUUCUUCAACUGUUCUAACAACCAAACUCUAUGCACUUGAGAAAUAUGCAGGGACUGUUUUCACAAGACAAUCUUUUCUAAAAUUUAGGGAUGAGAUGAAGAAUGCAGAGUUGUUUUUCCCUGUCAGUACAGAAAAUCAUGGAGGUUAUCGUGUCCAUACAUUGACCAAGUUUAGAAGCCCUGACAAGAUUUGGAAAUUGGUUUUCCAUGUCCCCACAUGCUUGUUGUAA